AUGGACCCUAGUUUGGGUAUUUUCAUCCCUUCUAAUUCUUCCUUUGAUCUACUUGCCUUCUGUCAUUCUGAUUGGGGGCGUUGCCCAGAUACUAGACGCUCAAUUAGUGGUUAUUAUAUUACUCUUGGUAAUUCACCUGUCUCGUGGAAAUCAAAGAAACAAUCGUUGGUAUCACUUUCAUCAGUUGAAGCUGAGUAUCGCUCCAUGCGAAGGGUUAUGGCAGAAAUCACUUGGUUGGUUCGUUUACUUGUUGAUCUUAGUGUUCCUUCUCAUCUACCUGCUCUUCUUCAUUCGGAUAGCCAGGCAGCCAUUCACAUCGCCAAAAAAUCCGGUGUUCCACGAACGCACCAAACAUAUGGAUCUGGAUUGUCAUUUUGA